GAGUUUGGUGUUUGUAAACAGUAGUGCAACGAGACUGUGUGCUGUAUAAAAAUAUUUGAAAAACCGGCAACUGUUGUGAUUCAGGUCUCCUAACUUAAAUCGGUAACAAAGAUGGAUGAAUUGAAGUAUCUCACCAAUAAAAACAACAUCCAGCAAGUAACCGUCGGUUUGCAGAAAUUAUUGAAGGCAAUUCGUGCUGUAAAAGCACAGGGCACGAAAGACAAUCAAAUCAAGGAAAUUGACUUCCUGCGAGAACUCUGCACGUCAGAAUACUCGAAUUUAAGUUUGUUAGCUCACCAGGCAUUCGUACGGCUGGUUGAAGAUGGGACAAUUGAAGCUGCCGCCUGUUUGUCAAUGUUUAUGACAAUGUUGCCGAACACUAAAUACAAUCAAUACACUGCAGUAACUGAAGGAAUCGUUGAUCUACUCUUGUUGGAUCUGAAACGACGUGGUGCACUAGUGGAACCAGCGAAAAAUUAUACUUGUCCGUUCGGUUUGAAAGCUCCACAGCAUCCGAUCAUAACGUUGAUGCAGAAGAAUGAAUCCAGCUUGGGUGACCUGACCAACAAAAUAAACGGAAUAUGCAACCAUCACGACAAUGGAAUUCGGCAACACAGCAUUGAAUUCCUUCGGCCGGUGUUCCUGUACACUUUGUGUAAUCCAACCAGCAUACCGGACUCAAUAACCAUCUGGACAUGCUUGCUAUCGCAUGUGAAAAAGUCAAGCAAAGCUAAAGAGUUGGUGGAUGAAAUUCUGUGCUAUCGGAAGACAAGCUCGGCAACGGCAACAUUAACGACCAGUUUAUUGCUCAGUGAUGCUAUAACGAUUAUGGUGGCCCAUGGUAACGUCAAGAUGGCCGUUCAGUUUUCGUUUUAUCUAACUGCAGUUUUGAACGAUUUGGUAACGUGUGGCUAUGAUCCCAGACCUGGUUUCAGGAUUAUUCGACAGGCAAUAAGUGAAAUGAAGCCUGAUCGUUUGACGUGUGACCUGUUGCUCAUUUUACUGAACCAUUCGCUGCAUAAUGUUUCGCCUGUUUACCUACCUGAUGUCGUGCGGUUGUUAAAGCUUAUCAUAAUUACAAUGGAUGGAGGAAACCAAGUGACACGGGCCAUGAUCUUGGACGGACUAAUUGUUUGGAUCGCCAAUUUUAGUUUAGUUCCGGCAGAUGGAUUGCAUGAGAUAAAGGAAUUGAUAGAUUUCAUCAUAAAACCGGAUGGACGGGUUCAUCUUCCGAUUGAGUCCGCCGACAGCAAACACGUUUGUAACGUUCAAUUCCAUCAUCCGUCCGUAGCGAUCGGAUAUCAAUUGGCUACAUUGUCUCAUCGGAUCGAUAAGGACAUUCACGAUAGGGAUGGAAAAUAUUUGAAAGAAUUUCUCGAUUCUGUUCAAGUACCAUCGCAACAGCGAUUUGGCAACCAAAUUCAAUUAUUUCUGCGUGGGAUUUUCCUGAAUGACAAACUGCAAACGCGUCUUCGUCUGCAAGUUUUGGAGAUUUUGCUUAAACUUGUUAAGGACGACCAAGACGUGGCCACUGGACUACUGCUUCCUGUGUUAUUUAAAUUGUCGAGGGAGAAAGAGCCGAUCGUGCAACUGGAAUUAUUGAGAGGACUAACUCAAUUUGCCGUUGUCAAGGAAAACAUCCCAACAAUCUUAAACACUUUAAAUUCGAUGACUUCUGGAAUAUUGCGGUCCAUAUCGUUGGACUUAUAUCUCAGACUAUGGAAGCAGGAAAACCGAACGUACCCGUUCUUGCACAAACUGCUUCACAGUUCAAAGGAAAAGGAUAAAGAAUCGAAUGAACUGACCAUAGCGAAGGCCUUUACAAUCAAAGAGAUCUGUGAAUUAAAACCAACGCAACACGGUACGGAUCUGGUCGUUCAUCUGUCGAAUAUUUUGAAUCAUAGUUCUGGAUUGGAGGGAGAAACAUCGACAACAUUGGCCAUUGAAGCGAUUAUCAUCUUAUGCAACAGUCACACAGUGAAUAUUGCAUCUACGUGGAAGGCUUUGAGCCAAAAAUUCGACAACGAGAACCGCAAGCGACCGACAAUCACGCUCUGUAAAUUCUUCGGUCAGGUUCCAUUACUGCGUAGCCCAACCCAGGAAUAUGACCAACUUUAUACCGAAGCAGUUUCCAAACUGUGGCACUACAUUGUUCACUCUGACUGUAGUGAAGUCAUUAACAGCGCACUUGCAGCCCUGCAAAAUUUUGACUAUUGCGGACUAGCGCUUGCACAAAUCCCGGAUGUAUUUCGUCAAAAUCUCGCUGUACCAUCGGCAUACAUCAAAAAUGUGAGUGAUGUCAAAACAAUUGACGCUGUUGACGUCUUAGAUUACAUUCCCGGACAAUGCUGGAUGCAACUGAUUCAAAAAGUCAACCCAUCAGCGAUGGGGUCUGCAGCCGAUCUAGUUUCGCACUACAUACACAAUGAAAUCGAAGCGUAUCGCGGUGGUGUCUAUCAUUUGCCUGAGGGUAAACCCGAACCCAAUAAUCUGAAGCAACUGCAUAAUAGGAGCCCUCUGCGUUACAUUGUGGAAUAUUUGAUGGUGGAGUCGAAAAAACCGAUCGGACUGAAUCGACCGGUUGUUUUGAAUUGCUUGCGUUGUUUGAGCAAAAAGUUCCCGAAACCCAUUCCACCGUUGGACAUGUACUUUGUGAUUCAUUUCAUGAACGAUGACAUCGAAAUGAAGACCUACUGCAUCCGACUACUGGCUAAUCAAGUAAUUCAAUCGGGUACGGCUAAGAAUUUAUUGGAAAAUUACGUUGCAAAAUUUGGCGAUGAUCAGCUGAAUGAUUUCCAAGAAGUGGAGAUUAUUCUCGACGUGUUAGUUGAUCUGGUGAACGGCAUAUCGGUGGAUAUUUCCGAAAAGUUGUUGAAACAAAUGUUUGAAUUUUCAUUACGACGCUGUGCGACCGAACCAUUAAUUUUUGAAAAAUUAUUGGCAGCCACCAAAGGCAUAUUCACGGAAACCUGUCGCAAUGAAGAUGCAAUGCAAAUGGUUGUCGGAAUCGUUGAGUCGUACUUCGAUUUAAUUGCUCCAAACACAAAGAUUUUCGACAAGUUUAUGGAAUUGUGUGAAGACAUUCCAUCACCCCGGUUAGACGACAUGAUUUCGCCAAACUCUUGGACAGAGAUUCAUUCGGGAAAAUUUCGCAAGGCUACGCUUGUACGAUGCCAUUUAGCGAUCAACAGUCAACGUUUGGACAAUUCGUUAUUUUGGUUGAGUCCCAUCGUGGACAGCAUCCACAAAUUUAAAAAUGAUCAACCAUUUGUGCUGGAAAAUAUUGCAGCUGUUCUGCAUCGUUAUGGUAAUGACAAAAGCGCCAGCAAUUGGACAAUGGAAAUUCAGAGUAGAGUUCAGGCUGCUCUGCUCGAGAAGAGUGAGCACUCGGAGUUUUUAAUGGAUCUGUUCAUUUUGUGCCUGGUUGUCUCUUCGGGUUGUUCAACGUUGUAUGGAAAUAUCGAAAAUAUUGCAUCUUGUCGCCAGGAUCGAUUGGAUGGAUUCCCGGCAUCUCUGCACAUUUUAUCGGAGCGGGCAUUUUGGAGAGAUUGCAGUGUUCGAAUUUUCGAGUUUUUGUUCCACGUCUACACGCACACCAAUCUUCAAACAUGUUUCAUCGAAGCGGCUAAGAAUGCUCUUAUUUGCACGAAAAAUGAUUUUUAUUUUACGCAAAAGAACAAUUGGAUGAAAUACAUUGGCUUGCGAAGGUAAACCGGUUGAUUUUGA